UGCGGGAAUUGCUGAUCUUCAUGUACUAUUCCCGGGAAAUCUUCCGUUGUGGAUGAUAUCUAAAUCGAGUCUAAGCGUUAAUCGAAAUCCGUGGUAGUGUGACGCUGUGAGAAGUGUAUGAACGGGUUUGUCACGAAGGAAAUGGAGUUCGCAGAUUGGCAAAAUAAACACGGGUUCUAGAUGUCUGACGACCUUUAUGAGAAGUUCCUUGCUCCUGAGGAACCUUUUCCUUUGCUGUCACAGCGGGGAAACCUCAGUGAAGAUGGCACACUGGAUGUCAGUGACUUUGGCUGUCAGCUGUCCUCUUGUCACAGGACAGAUCCUCUGCGUCGCUUUCACAGCAACAGAUGGAACCUAACUUCAUGUGGCACAAGUGUGGCCAGCUCAGAAUGCAGUGAGGAACUCUUCUCUUCUGUGUCUGUGGGGGAUCAAGAAGACUGCUACUCUCUCCUGGAUGACCAGGAGCUCACCUCCUUUGACCUCUUCCCAGAGGGCAGUGUCUGCAGUGAUGUGUCUUCUUCCAUUAGCACGUACUGGGACUGGUCAGACAGUGAAUUUGAGUGGCAGUUGCCAGGAAGUGACAUUGCCAGUGGUAGUGAUGUGCUCUCUGACAUCAUACCCAGCGUACCAAGUUCACCCUGCCUUGUUUCAAAAAGAAAGAACAAAUCUCAUGGGAACCUGGAUGAAUUGCCCUGGAGUGCCAUGACCAAUGAUGAACAGGUGGAGUAUAUUGAAUACCUGAGCCGAAAAGUGAGUACUGAGAUGGGACUACGGGAGCAGCUUGACAUAAUUAAAAUAAUCGACCCAAGUGCUCAGAUAUCUCCAACAGACAGUGAAUUCAUCAUUGAGCUGAAUUGCCUCACGGAUGAAAAGCUGAAACAGGUGAGGAACUAUAUCCGGGAGCACAGUCCGCGGCAGAGGCCUGGCAGCACACGAGACAGCUGGAAACGGAGUGUGGCGAGCAGUGGUAGUGCCAGUGGUGUAAGUGCCCACAGCAGCAGCAAUGCCAGCAUGGUGAGCAGUGCCAGCAGCAGCACUGGCUCCACAGGGUCCAACUCCUCCACAAACAUCAGCCGUGCUCACAGUGAUGGCAACCUGGCCACUGCGGCAGAGCGCAUCCGAGACUCAAAGAAACGUUCUAAGCAGAGGAAAUUGCAACAGAAGGCUCUGCGUAAAAGGCAGCUGAAAGAGCAGAGACAGGCUCGCAAGGAAAGACUCAGUGGUCUGUUCCUUAAUGAAGAGGUCCUGUCGCUCAAAGUCACUGAGGAGGAAGACCAUGGUGAUGAUGUUGAUGUCUUGAUGUGACAAGAGUGAAUUAGUCAGUGCUCCCUCUAAGCCUUGAUUCUGGCGCUCUUUCUGUUAGUCAUCUCUCUUCUAUCACUUUUUAAUGUUGAAAGUCUUAAUCAGUCUGAAACAUGAAUAACAAAAGCAAAUUUAGUACCAACAACUUAAUCAAAGAGAAAACUUGUACCAUGUUGCAGUAAACCCGUUUUUGAAUGAACUUUAAAAAGUAUAGAGCCAUGUCUUUACAUGCCCAUGUUUAUAUAUAAAAACAAACAAAAAAAACCCACCCGUUUCAGUUAUCAAUCCCCACAUUUUCUAUCUCAGUUAUACACAUGUUUAUAACAUCAGGCAUAGAGGGAACACUGAAAACUAAAUGCUUACAAAGUCAUUGCCUCCAUUGUGAAUUGGUGAUAUGAUUAAAAAAAAAGUUUUGAUGCAUUUGCUUUUGUGUAAAGAAUGAGUGUCCUGCUCGUUAUAUAAAUUUGGUAAAGUUUGUGGAGUUUGACACUUCUAAUCAGUUUCAAGAGGAGCUUAUUUUGUUUUUUUCUUUGUUCAGUUUGUUUUCUUGGAGGAAUUGCAAUGUGGUCUAAUUUAAAAAAGUAUUUACUAAUGUAGGUAGCCUACAUGACCAGGUUUUAUCUUAGUGUUAAAUAGUAGUCAAGAGGCUACUGUAAUUUUUACAUUAUCACUCCUGAUGUUUUUGUAUCUUUAUUUCUGUCAUAAUUUGUGUUGAAGCACUUAAGGAACUCAAUCAAAAAUCUCACGUCAAUCAAGUAGGCCCUCUUCUUUCAUCACAAAUCAUUUAAAAAAUGAAUCCUAAAGUUUGAGUGUGUGAAACACUCACCAUUCGUGGUUCCUGAGGUGCGUUUUUUUUUUUUUUUCAACAUUUUUGUAUUGUGCAGUACAGUGCGUGUGUAAUUUCAGAUAUAGUUUCAAGUUUGCAAUGGGUAAGUGCAUUGGUAACACUAAUGGAUGGGGAGUGUUUUCUUUAUGUUGGAAAUAUUGAUCAUUUUAGUUCACUUUGUGAUGUUAUUCUCUGUCUGCCCUGUGUAUGUUUGACCUUUUCAAAUCUCUUGUGCAUUAGAAACAAGAUUCUGCUAGUGCAAAUGUCACUAUUUCUUAAACGCAGUCGCUCCUGGAAUUUUGUACUUGACCAGAUUAACUAGGUAAUUGCCUUGAGAUCUCUUGAGAUAAACCAACAGCAGCAGACAGAUUUCUGUAAAUACUGUACCUAGAAAAAGCCAUUUUAAAGCUUUGUCACAGCAAGACUAAAACUAUAUAUACAUAGUUUUCCUGAAAUCCUGCUGAAUUAAUGCUACAGUGUUUUAUAAAGCUUUGUGUCAAAGGCAUUAAAACUGUUUUUCAGUAGUGUAAAAAUAUUUUCAGUGGUGGUGCUCCAGUCAGAGUGGUCUGGUUGCAGCUGGCAAAACUUAGAAAUUUCUGAACUUAGAGAUCUUUUUCGAAGUCUGCAGAUUUUUCAGAUUUUCUGCGUAAUUACAUUGUUGAGUUGUAAAUGGUUAUUUAGAGUGGUUUGAUAUGAAAUGUGCUCUGCUACAGAAACUUAAUCAGUCAAAAUUGUUCACAGUGGUGGUGAUGGGAACCAGUUGCCUAAAGCAUUUAAUAUCACGUGAAAUGGUUACAGAUACAUUGCCUGAUGCCUGGGAUACGGUGUUGGCCUAGAAACACCUGAAGAUUUUUUUUGCUUGUUCUUCUUUUUAGCCACUCCAGGUUCACCACCACUUAAAAACAUCUGAGUCAGCAAGUUUCCCUACAGUGCACCAUUUCACAUCAAACCACUCUGAAUGACUUGGUUUACAUAUUAGUGAUUGAAUUGUGCAAAGAUUUUGAAAAAAAGGUGGAAUUCCUCUUUAAUCUACUUUGCUGCCCUUUGGGAUUAUGUCUAAAACACUACUUUUUCCAAAGGACUCAAAAUGAAAUGCAUUCAUUACACCAAGAAUCUGUAUGUACAGAGUGUGAUUUAAAUUGUUUUAUCCAUACUAAAUUGUAAUACUUUAUGAUUGUAAUAACAUGUAAUUAUUUUCUUGCCCUAAGAGUUAAAAAGAACUAAUAUUGACCAUUACGUUCUUCACAGCUUGUUAUAUGUCAUUUAAUGGUCUCCUCCACAAUACAGAGGCAACAUGGAGGGUCUGGGCGUAGCUUUCACAGAAAUUUGCAGGUGUGCAUGCAUUGCGAAACAAUGUGUACUGCAUUUUUCCUGAAAAUGAAACUCUAAUAUCAAAACGUAAUUGAUAAAGCUCUAAAGACCCUAAUGUGUUCCUUCAUCUGCUGUAAGAGAAAGACGUGCUGCGUUUUCAUACUUACAGUGCAGUUGAGCUUUAAACGUUGUUGCAGGGUCCAGCAAGAACUCAAAUAAAGAAUGGAAGCGUCUCA